GCCAGCAGAGGGCAGCUCUCCGCGUGUCUACAUGGAACCACAAUAUUUCACUUUGAUGGAAAAAAAACGGCCCUCAGACCGGCGCCGUAACAAGCAUUUCAACAUGGAAGUGAGAUGCGGGCUCAGGCAAAUAAUCUGGAUUUACCCGAGAACCAAACAGAGAGAUCCGCUGUCAGUGUAAUGCUGGCCCCCAUGUGGAUGCUGACAGGACAACAGAAUCCAGAUAAAUUCGAUUAUUGGAUUGCCUGCAAAGAUUACAGCACGCGCACUUCCUCGAUGGCUCGAAGGAAAACCACUUUAAUUUGACUGUAUUUCACGAGGAGUUGUUGGAAAUAUCCAGACUGGCAGCCAUGCUGACCGGCUUUAUGGAGGGUCUUCUCUGCUGCCUCACCCCAAAGUCGGCUAACGUUGUGGUUCCUGCAGAAUCCUCCGAAACCACUGACGGCUAUGAGUUUGUUGAGGUUAAACCAGGCCGCGUCCUGCGGGUCCGACACGUCGUCCCCGAGCGGCUGCUGGUGGAGGAGCCCACGGGGUCGGGGGGCACCGUCAGCUGCAAACGAAAGAUCACAGUUUAUCGUAACGGGCAGCUUUUCAUCGAGAACUUGGGUGACGGUGCGAGUGCAGAGCUGAAAAACUGCCAGAACGGAGAGGCGGAACCGAACACCCCCGUAGAAGAUGAACUGACAGACUGCGGAAAGUCCUCGGUGCCCGUCAGCAUCCCUGACUCCAGGUCUGACUCGGGCCCGCCCGGACGAGAGGCGCCUGCAGACGGGCAGGUUGACCUGCCGCAACCACCCAGGAAACGCAGGAGGAAGCCCAAGCGCACCGUGGUGAUCGACUGUGAGAGGAAGAUAUCGGCCUGCAAAGGGACCCACGCGGACGUGGCUCUGUUCUUCAUCCAUGGAGUGGGAGGCUCACUGGACAUCUGGAAAAGCCAGGUGGACUUCUUCUCCAGGCUGGGCUACGAGGUGAUCGCCCCGGACCUGGCGGGUCACGGAGCCAGCUCGGCCCCGCAGAUAGCUGCUGCCUACACUUUCUACGCCCUGGCUGAGGAUAUGAGGCUCAUCUUCAAGAGAUACGCGCGCAAGAGGAAUAUUCUCAUAGGACAUUCGUACGGUGUGUCGAUCUGUACCUUCCUGGCCCACGAGUAUCCCGACCAGAUCCACAAGAUGGUCAUGAUCAACGGAGGUGGUCCCACUGCGCUGGAGCCCAGCCUGUGCUCCAUCUUCAACCUGCCCACCUGUGUGCUUCACUGCCUCUCGCCGCUGCUGGCCUGGAGCUUUCUCAAGGCCGGCUUUGCCCGGCAGGGUGCCAAAGAGAAGCAGCUGCUGAAAGACAACAAUGCCUUUAACGUGUCGUCCUUUGUGCUGCGCGCCAUGAUGAGUGGGCAGUACUGGCCGGAGGGGGAUGAGGUGUACCACGCUGAACUCACUGUGCCCAUUCUGCUGGUUCACGGCAUGCAUGACAAGUUUGUGCCCAUCGAGGAGGACCAGCGCAUGGCGGAGAUCCUCCUAAUGGCGUUCCUGAAGGUCCUGGAGGACGGCAGUCACAUGGUCAUGAUGGAGUGUCCUGAGGCUGUCAACACGCUGCUGCAUGAGUUCAUCCUGUGGGAGCCCAUCACCCCUCCACCGCAGAAGAAAGAGUCCAAAACACGUCCGGAAACUGCCAAAGCCCAGUCUGAAAACUCCAAAGCUGCAUCUGACCCUUCGAACGUCCGACCAGCAACCGCCAGGCCGACCUCGUCAAACAACAACACGGAGGAGAGGCCAAACAAGGCCAAGAAGUGACUAAAGCUUGAGAAUUAAAGCUGAAUCUCCAGGCGGUUGUAACACCGGCCGUAGACCGGCCGUGCUCUCUGCAGGUCCCGAUAAUCUGAGCUGGAUUUAGCCGUUGAACCUGACGCUGAGCCAAAGGAGCUGGUUCAUCUGCAACAGACGAGCUGAAUUGAAGAUGUGACAAAAUACAGGGAAAUCAAGUCUGGGUCCCGGGUACGUAAGCCGCUGGGCUGAAGGACAGAGGUACAUGGAGGCUGUGGGUCCAUUCUUCACCUGGCAGCUUCCGGUCCUCCAGAUACAUCAGGGACAAUGGAGCUGUGCCUUGACGUCGUUGCCAAAAGAUUAGCCCAACAUACGGCCAUGAGGGCGAUGGCCAACAUGAGUUGACAACAUG